UCUGGCAAUACUGCCUAUUGUUUUCUUAGUUUGUUGUCUUUUGUUGAUAUUCGCGUUAAAAUAUUUUGGCAUUAAAAUGGCCGAGGAAAUCGACGAUAAUGAUUUUUACCGAGAAAACUUCAGUGCCGACUCGGAUUGGGAAGUGUUCAACGCUCAGCUUGGCGAGAUCCUACAGAAAUGGGACGUAUCCGCGGAAUCUGACGUGGGCAGAAGUCUCAAAGCUGAGGAAAUCUACACCUGCAAAUGGAAAGUCAAAAGCGAAACGCUGGAUAUGCUGAAGAAUGGCAUAUCAGUGGAGUAUCAUCAGGCUAUCCUGAAAGACGAAGAACUAUCCAAGGAGCAGAUCAAGGAGAAUAACUGCCUGCAACGCACAAAUUGCCAUCAUGACCUUAUAUCGAGUAUAAAUAGUUUUGGUCCACCAAUAAGAAGCUCCCAAGAUUUGCAUAUUCUGGCCAGGAUUUACGGAUUGAGGAGAUUUAUUGUUUUGCAUCCCGUAAAUCCCAAUCUAAACUAUAUGAAGUCCACAUCCGAGUUCAAUUUCUUUCUGAGCGCCAUCGCCGUUGUAUCCGCAGAAGUUCAGAGCGUGGUACCGAUCUUUGUCCAGAUCUACGAUCCCAAAUGGAACUUUUACACUGGCGUGGCUUUAGCUCCAGCUUUGAGAACCAAUUUCAGACUCAUUGGAUUGGAGAAGGCUCCGCCAGAGUGUCGUUACCUGAUGGGUCUUCUGACCCUUUUCAGGGAAAAGGUUCCCACUUCAUAUCCGCAGGCAGCCAUGAUCUCCGUUUGCACCACAUAUGCUCUGGAUACCAUGCGCAUCCGCAUGCCUAUGUAUGUGCCCUUUGAUCAUGGUCUUAGUUCUGAGGAUAUAGUUGUUGAAGGAGUGGUCGCUCCCCUGGAAGUUCAGCAAUUUUAUGCUCUACCACAUGGCUAUACACCCGAAUCUUGUACAGAAAUCUAUCUAGUUUAUACCUGGCCAGAGUUGUCCGAACACGUGGCUUUUGAUAGCGAACAGAGAAGUGAUUUUGUGCCCUCUAAGGCUCCGCUUGGUAAGGUUUACCUAUCCGUUGAGGCCUCGUCGUAUUUGUCUUGCUGUCUGAGAGACUACCAGUCUGUAGCCGAAGUUACUAGAUCCUUGGAGUCAUUUGUGGGCAGAAAUUUCUCUGGUACUAGCAGUGGAGCGGAGGCAGGAUCAAAUCCAUUGGAUCGCAUAACGGAACACAAGUUAACGCAGCGCAGGGAUCGGAAUUAUGAGUUGCCUUCACAGGCGGGAUUAACAAAGAGAUUACCGGGUCCCAUGACCGAAAGCGAGUUAAGUGAACUUUUGGCCUAUCUUUUCCCCGAUAUGCAUCCGCAAAUGGCACUGUUUCCGUACAACAAAAAGAGUUUUAAGGAUAAGUUUGAUCCCAUGCGUAUAAAAAGCGCUGUUCCUGACUCAUUGGCUUGUCGUCUUAGCUGUCUUUUGGCCACCUGUCACGCCCAUUUGGGUAGUGUUGAGGGCAUGGCACAAGUGUGGGCGGCAUUUACCCGUCAACUUCGAUUGCUGUGGGAUAACUGCCUAACCGUUCCAGGAAUUUCCUCUGGCUUUCCAGACACGCGCACCUGCCUCCUCCAUCAGAAGCUUCAGAUGCUCAACGUUUGCGUGGAACGUCGCGUGCAACGGGAGGCGAAUAGCAAAAGAAAAUCCGAGGGGAUGGCAAGAAAAGCCAGCUCAUUCGAUGCGGAAGAGGAGGAGGAUGAUGAGGAUGACGACGAGGGGGAGUUCUUUGAUUGUGAUGAUCUGACUGCCGGUGCUGGUUCUCCAACGAAAGCUGUUCUUAGUAUGAAACCCGAGGGUCGAUUGCGGCGCUUGAAUGACGAGCGAUUGCUGGAGGAACCCGAGGAGUAUCUUUAUAUCCCAGAAACACAAGAUCCUGUUCCCAAAACCGAGGAUCAGCUACAGGAUGAUGCUGAGGUUAUGCUGAAACUGGGACCUGGUUCUGGUUUAACUACCCAAAUGAUGUGCACUUCCUUGCUUUCUGAUAUGGAAGCGUUUAAGGCUGCCAAUCCCAGGGGAACAAUGGAGGAUUUUAUACGCUGGUACAGUCCGAAGGAUUGGGAGGAGGUCACUGAUGAACUAGGUCAGGUUACUCAUCAGUUGAGUAUACGGAUGACCACUGAGGGCAAUACCUGGCAGAAGGUAUGGGAACAAGCUCAAGCGGUUCCUGUAAGCAGACAAAGAAGACUCUUCGACGACACCAACGAAGCUUUGAAAGUUCUUCACUAUAUGGAGACUAGAAAAAUGCACGAAAUCUACAAUUUGACCAUAAUUCCCCUACUGCAUUCGGCUAUACUAAAGCUAAUAGACAUUCUUAGCAAUGCCAAGGUGGAGGAUUUAUUUAGCCCACAGAUUGAGCAACUUCUCACCGAUCUCUGUCGACUCUCACGCUCUCAUUCAGAUCAACUUCCCUCGUUUAAGCCAUUGUUAGAUGACCUGGCCGAGUUGGAACGUCGCUUCUACCAAUAUAAAUGCUUCGAACGGCUUUCGGGUUAUCCACAAAAAAGUUCACUUCAGCAAGUCAAACUUCAGUUUGAGGAGAUCUUACGCAAGGAGAACUGCUGUACUAUUGUUAAUAGAAGACUGACUGCAGCUGGCGAUGGCACUUUGUAUGAUAUAUUGAUACCCAAAUUGGAGGAGGAUAUGUCUGAUAGGCUGAUCAGCAAGGAUUAUAUCAUUAGAUUGGAUGGUGAUACUAAGAGCACAGAGAAGGGCUUGUAUUUGGGUCCACAGUUCAUGAGGGCCAUUGUCACGGGCGAGAAACUGAGACUAUGUGGAGCUUUCACAGAGAGCACGGCUUUUGUCUAAGACAAGUUUUGUUUUUUGUAAGGAAAUACUUUAAAAAUUAAUCAAUUUGGAAAAGCUAAGCAUGACAUAAUCCUACAUGUAAAAGAAAAACUUAAUAGAAGGUCUUAGAAAUGAGCCUGUAAGAAAGCGA